UUUUAGCCUUUUAAAUCAUAUAAAUAUAAUUUGAAAUUUUGCCAUUUAUCUGAUUAAUCAAGUUUAUCACAUUAAAUCAGCUGUUGUGAUCAAAGAUUUACUCAGUUUUUCAUUAGCCUUUUUAACAAAUUGUUUUGUAUUUGUUUUCAUUAAAAAACAAGUUUUUUUAUUAUGUUUUAUUCAAAAGUACAAAAGUAUGCUGGCAAAACUUGUAACUAAAUAUAUUUAUUUUAUAUUACCUAUUAAUAAUCUAAUUUAUUUUAUUAAGAGGGAAAUCCCUAAAUCUACCGUGGAUUUGUUUUCGCCCUAUGGCCGCCAGAGGACGUAUGAUCUGAUGUGUUUGUAGUACUGUAGCUAGCUGCCUGCUUUAGCUCGUGAAUACAUUUAACUUAAUAGAUUAAUUGAGUUUUCAUAUUUAAGUAGUUUUUAUAAGCAAAUACGUUCUGGCUUCCCGUUAUUUGAACAAACGCUGUUGGAACCCGCUGUGUGUAUGUUUUAUUUUGAAGGAAUCUAUAGGAAGUGCUUAUGAGUUUGUCAUGUUACGCUUUAUAAACGCUUCCUGUAGUAACGUUUUUCGUCCAGCAGAGGGCGGACAAUCUCUACUGUGGAAAACCAGAAAGAAUUGAGUUCACGGUUUUUGAGAAAUUAUCAAAUCAAAUGACAGAUUACCAACAAUUAGCUUAAAAGUUUAUUUAUACAAAGAACACUUUUUGUAGACACAAAAUCCAACAAACGCUGUUUUUUACAUAAUGGCCUUAAACCAUAGACUGUAAAUACUUAAACGCAUCAUUUUGUUCUGUAAACGCAGCUUUAGUGACACUGAAGCUAGCAGUAGCGUUAGCCUUAGCCUUAGCAUCCUUCGUUUUCCUUGAUUUAAACGUUUCCCUGUAGAUUCCGUCUGGUGAGUAACAGUUGUUUUUAUUAAUGUGUGGAAAAAUACGCCUGUUUAUUUCAUCAUUGAUAUUUUGAAUAUAGCACUUUAUAGCAUGAGAAGAAGCUAUAGCUUCUAUAUCAACAUGCUCGUUAGCUUAGCUAUGAGCUAAUUCGCUGACAUUGACCGCACCUGUCGCGGUUUUGUGCUAAUGUAAAGCCUUAAGGAUUCAAUGAGAAUCAUGAAAAUCAAAAUUAUGGGGACUUAAUUAUUUAAAAGUUAAUUUUAUAAUUGAUUACUCCCCCAAAAAAUUAUCACGAACAGUUAAUGUUAAAGGCUUAGGAAAAAUGUACAAAAUUAAUAGAAAUACCUUUGAUAAAUGUGUUGCUAAACACUGUAUUAUGUUGAAGUUUGUUGACGUCUUUAUCUUUUUUAAUUGUGUUCUGUAUGGAGGCCAGUCGGGGGCGCUGUGGGGCAGCAGUUACCCGGUCCGGGUGUGUUUGUGAACUCUGAAUGUGAUUGGUCAGCUGUGCGUAAAAAGCGCGUGUCCCCUUUAGGUUGCUGGCAGUUUAGUCUCCGUUGCUCUGCAGUCAAACUUGUUGAUGGAAACGUUUCUCCACUGCGCGUAAAUUUGGACUUUAUUUCCUGAAUUCUAUCACAACAUGUCCAACUCCAUUUUAGCGAAAGCACUGGAGGACAUGAGCUUGGAUUCUGGUUACGCAGCCGGCGAUUUCUGCCCGUCUCUCAGCCUGUCCUCCUCCGGGAGGUCGGGACAGACGCAGCCUCAUGCUGGCACUCGCCGGAGUUCCUGGUGGCAGCACAACGGCAGCUGGGACACAGUGAGCACUCUGACGGAGGACGCUGUGGACAUCCUGUCCAAGUGUCCCCAUCUGCCUGACCUGGAGGAGUAUCCUUGGACUGAAGGGGAGCUACAGGAAGUGGUGCGUAAAGUCUCCGGAUCAGAAGCUUCCAUCAGCCUGGAAGCAGUCCACCGACUGUCCGUCCUGCUCCGGAGGGCUUUGGUUCGGAUCUCCCGGGAGGCGCAGCGGCUGAGUGAGCUCCACCGGCGAUGCACGCGUCAGGAGGUCCAGAGCGCCGUGAGGCUCGUCCUGAGCUGGGGUCUGGCCGAGAGGUGCGUCUCCUCCGCCGUGAGGGCCGUGACCCUGCACUGCAUGAGCUCCGGCGGAACCGCGCGUCAGCUGCGCAAAUCCGCCCGCUGCGGGCUCACGCUUCCCGUGGGUCGCUUCUUCAGGUGGAUGGUGGAAACACGCGUGUCGGUGCGCGUGCACGAGUACGCAGCCGUCUGUCUCACGGCCUGCAUGGAGAGUCUGGCGGAGGAAGUGGUCGGACGGGCGCUGCGGCUGGAGGAGGAGGUGCGGGCUCGGUCUGACAGGUCCACCUGCUGCCCGGUGGGUCCGGAGCUGCUGGACAGAACCGUGAGCAGCGACGCGGAGCUGUGGGGGGUGCUGCAGCCCUAUGAACACCUCAUAUGUGGGAGGAAUGCAAACGGCGAGCUGUCGCUGCCGGCCCACAUCAGCCCGUACAUGAAGGCUCCCAAGGACUCGGUGGAGAUCAUGGAGGAUGCUUACAUCCAGCUGGAGCUGAGAACGCUGGAGCAGUCCCUGCUGGCGACCUGCGUGGGCAGCAUCACCGAGCUCAGUGAUCUGGUGUCCCGAGCGAUGCAUCAUAUGCAGCACCUGAGAAGCUCGAGCCCCUCCAUCAGCAGCUCUCGGUCGGCCAGUCAGCCGUCGGCGUCGUGGUGUCCAGACGCUCUCCGCUCCUUGUACUACUUCCUGUCCAGCCCACAGAUGGAAUCCCUGGAGAAUCCUAACCUGGAUCCUCCGUCGCUGAUGCUGAGCAGAGAGAGGCCGUUCCUGCUCCUCCCUCCCCUCAUGGAGUGGAUCAGGGUCGCCCUGGUGCACGCAGAACAUCGCCGCAGCUUGUUGGUGGAUAGCGAUGAUGUCAGACAGGCGGCCCGACUGCUGCUCCCAGGACUCGACUGCGUACCCAGACAGCUGAGGUCCGAGUGUUGUUUCCAGUCCUUCAAAAGUCUGGAUGCUAAAGCUGCUUCAGCCAAGUUCCAGCUGGAUUUGGGCUUCAGGAUGCUCUCGUGUGGCCGAGCAGAUCUGGUCCAACGGGCCAAAUGGGUUCUGGGAGCUGAAGGCGUCAACGCCAUGGACGACCAGGGAAUGACUCCUCUGAUGUUCGCCUCGGCUGCAGGAGAUGAAGCGUUGGUGCAGGUGCUCGUGGAGGCGGGAGCUCACCUGAACCUGCAGGUUCCUGUCUGCUCUGCCACCCACCCAUCGGUCCAUCACGGUAGUCGGCACUGGGUGGCGCUGACGUUCGCUGUGCUGCACGGCCACAUGAGUGUGGCUCAGCUGCUGCUGGAGGCCGGCGCUGACGUGGAGGGUGGAGCUCUGCUAGACGGACAGGAGACUUCGGCCGAAACGCCGCUGCAGCUCGCCGCUGCUGCAGGUAACUAUGAGAUGGUUGGCCUGCUGCUCUCCCACGGAGCAGACCCUCUGUUCAGAGUGCAUCAUGGGAACUCGCUGACCUCACCGUUAUAUGAAGAUAUGAACUGUUUCAGUUACGCUGCAGCACACGGACACAGGAACGUUGUGAGGAGACUCCUGCUGCAGCCGCGACAUCGGAAGGAGAACAUCCUGUCUCUGGAAGAGAUCCUGGCUGAAGGAGUGGAGGAGCAGGAGACAGAACAUUGUUCUUCGACUCUCGACUCUUCAAGCGUUCUUCUAAAGCCGUGUAAGGCCACCAUGAGAGCUCUGCAGCAGGCGGCGUACUACAGCGCCGAGCACGGAUACCUGGACGUCACCAUGGAGCUCCAUAAGAUGGGUGUUCGCUGGAGGCUCCACACCUGGUUGGAAUCACUCCGCCGAGCCCAGCAGCUCUGCAGAUAUGAAGUGAUGGUGUCCCUCCUCACAGAGUUCCCCUCCAUCCAGACAGAGGACUACAGCCCUGAGUUGCUGUCCACAGGCGUCCCGCUCAUGGUCCACAUGCUGGAGACCAGCAAGGAUUACGUGAUAACGAAGCGACUGGCGUCCGCCUUGUCCCAUUGCUACGGCCCCGCCCCCAUCCCCGCUGUCCCACCGAUGGACGUGACUCUGUCCACACAUCUGGACUCCCACUUCCUGGACAACGAGGACAUGUCGGAUGUCACGUUUAUGGUGGAAGGACGUCCGUUCUUCGCUCAUCGAGUUCUGCUGCUGUCCGCCUCUGAAAGGUUCAGACAAAUGCUCGCCGAUUCCCCCGACAACAUUAUCCACAUCAGUCACAUGACCUACAGCACCUUCCAGGUGAUGAUGAGGUCGCUGUACUGCGGAGGAACCGAGGGGAUGAAGAUGUCUCCGUCUGAGGCCACGAAGCUGCUGCCUGUCGCCGCCUUCUUCCAGCUCCGACGUCUGCAGAGAUGCUGCGAGACGACGCUUUCUCAGAGUCUGACUCUGAGCAACGCCGUGAGCGUCUAUCAGGCUGCCAAGCUUCAUGGAGGAGCAGAACUCUGCAGGUUCUCUCAGGGGUUCUUCCUACAGAACAUGGACCUGCUGCUGGACAGAGAGGACUUCCAUCGCCUCUUACUGGGUGGAGUCAGGAAGUCCCCGUCUCCUGCUGGGAACCAGCCUGGGCUGAGACAGAACCAGGACCCGCCGCUCCUUAAAGACCUGGAAGCUGUGCUGAUCUGCCGACUCUACCAGCUUCACGCUGCGUGUCGCUGGUAGCCGGAUGCUUCUGGGUGAAGGUGACGGAGUAGAUGCCGUUCUCCUUGGUGGCGCUGGUGCUCUCCGUGUAGGUGAUGUCCACCUGGAACUUGACCGGCUUCUGGAAAACCGUCGGACCGGCCGUGGACUUGUAUUCCGC